GAGCAGAGAAAUCGCGCAUACUUUGUGCCCUCGGGGUUGGAGCCUUUAAAUAGUGAAGUCCUCGCGGGUUUCGCGGAGCAAUUCCGGGAUCCUUGUUAUGACGAGAUCCGUUUCCACAUUAAUUGGGAGAUAACGUUGCCAACUGAUAAGACUUAUCUAUUCCACCCGAACCAGGCGGGGAGGAAGAUAAGGCUUGCCAUUACGAGGCAUGAUCCCGUAAGGUUCGAAAUCUGAUAGCGUGGUUUCCGGGGUUGUCAAGUAGUGAACUGAGUCGGUAUCCCCAAACUGAUGCUCUUCAGUCCCGAACCGAAGUGAACCCCAAAGUGCCUUAGGACGGAGAUGAUCCUGAUACUACCUUGUACUGAGAUGAUCUCGUCCCGAGGUGACCCAUGCCAAGGUGGUUUGAUUAUCCGAGUUAUCUUUUGCGGUAUUGAUAUAGCGGGCUGAACUGUCAUCUAUUAGUCAGAUUGUGUACAUGUGCCCCCUAUUACCAGCUCGGGCCAAAUCACUUUCAUCAGGCUUCAUUGGAAUAAUUUCUGCAUCUCGUGCGGGCAGCUCUCCUGUUUCUAAGGUUCUGUAGUCCAAUGGUAUGUUUAGAACUCGAACCCAAAUGUUAAGAUGGCUGAAACGAAGCUCACUAGGUAUCUCCUCCGGAGUUCCCCUCUGCAGCAGUAAGGGAUAAUCCUUGAAUAACCACGGCUCCUCUUUCACGAUAUUAACCAUGUCUUUUUCCCUUCAAAAAUUGAUAGCUAAGAUGUCAUCGGCUACUAAUGAUCCUUUGACCCACCACCACAUUUUCUUAAUCUGAUCUAUCACUCCAAUCAUGUUUACCGGUUUAUCAGCUAAAACCGUCGCAUACAGAAAGAAGGAUGGAGAUUCAGAUUUUUUCUUCAUCAGUCUCUUCUCUUCUUUACUUCCAUCUCCUUGCAUCUCAGUCCCUAUACUGCCUCUCCAAACAAAGAUCAACCACGGAACAGGGGAAAAGGGUUGUCUGUAGCUUCUUUGUCUCAGUAAGAGCUUCUAAACACUCACUCAGAGCAGAUUCGAGCAGAAGAGCUCAAUUUCCCAGGACCUUGAGAGGAUGAAAAGUAGAUGAUUUGGGAAUCGGAAGGGUUCUUCUACUCUGUACCCAAGAAAGAAAAGAAAUACUUGGAAGUUGGAACUGGAAAGUUGCAAGGGUCCAGACUCCAGAGCGAUCAAGAACCACUUUCUCCCAUAUCCCAGGCUCGCAGCGACUAGUGAGUGGUUCAUAUUGCUUUGGGUCCUGGGCGGGCCCCAUGGGGUCCCUACCGCGCAGCCUCUACAAUCUUCGACAAUGAUACCGAAAACCUUAUAACCAAUCAACCGGUAUCAUGUAAGUGGCAAAGGUAUUUAUCAAAAUUGAGGUGGACGUGGGAUUUUGAUGGGUCAAAUCCUUUCGGUAUCAUGUAUUUUCGGCAGCAUAGAAUUCCCCAUCAUUCCUGACCUGUUUCCCGGGAAAAAUCGUAUUAUAAUCCAAUCGUCCAUAUUUCGCGGGUCCUUCGUUUCCCCUGUUUCAUCCUCUUCCAGUCUUCCAUCCUCUGCAAAUGAUGUAGAGUAACGGCUGAACCAGACGCCAUAACCAUAAGCCUUGUUCUCCAGUUCCUCUGAUGUUUUAGAGUUCAGUACUUGCACUUCCAGCAAGGAUCAAUGGGAGAGCAGGUAAAUCCGUUCGAUGAAGCUUCGUCGGUUGCCGACAAUCCGAAGACGGCUUCCAUUGGUUCUUCGGUGAUUCCUAUUGUGAACAGACUGCAGGAUAUCUUUGCACCGUUGGGGGGGAGUUUUCCAAAGAUCAAUUUGCCUCAAGUUGCUGUAAUCGGAAGCCAAAGCAGUGGAAAAUCGAGUGUUCUCGAAGCUCUUGUCGGAAGGGAUUUUCUUCCACGCGGUUCGGAUAUUUGCACCCGGAGGCCACUGGUUUUGCAGCUUGAACAUCGGCCCCGGAGACCCAAUACUGAUGAUGAUAGGGAGUGGGGUGAGUUUUUGCACUUGCCUGAGAAGCGAUUUUAUGAUUUCUCAGCAAUACGUCGAGAAAUUCAGGCUGAGACUGAAAGGGAAGCAGGAACUAAUAAAGGUGUCUCAGAUAAACAGAUUCGUCUAAAAAUCUCUUCUCCCAAUGUUUUGAAUAUAACCCUUGUUGAUUUGCCUGGAAUGACGAAGGUCCCAGUUGGAGAUCAGCCCAGUGAUAUAGAGGCAAGGAUUAGGACAAUGAUCAUGUCCUAUAUCAAGCAUGAAACCUGUGUAAUAUUGGCAGUAAGUCCAGCCAAUUCUGAUUUGGCAACCUCUGAUGCACUUCAGAUGGCAAGAGCUGCUGACCCUGCUGGUUCUCGGACAAUAGGUGUGAUCACUAAGCUAGAUAUCAUGGACAGGGGGACUGAUGCCCGCAAUUUUUUGCUGGGAAGAGUAAUUCCACUUCGGCUUGGUUACAUUGGUGUUGUGAACCGUAGUCAGGAGGACAUUAAUCAAGACUGGAGCAUUGUAGAAGCACUUAAUUAUGAGGAGAACUUCUUCCAUAACCACCCUGUAUACCAUGGCCUUUCUGAUCAAUGCGGCAUUCCUCAAUUGGCAAAUAAGUUGAACAAGAUUCUAGAACAGCAUAUUAGAACAGUCCUUCCACGACUGAAGGCUGAGCUGAAUUCUCAAAUGGUUGCUGUUGUAAAGGAGAUUCGGACCUACGGGGAAGAUAUAGAAUCAAAAGCGGAGCAAGGGGCAGUACUGUUAAACAUUCUGACAAGAUUCUGUAAAGCCUUUUCUCACAUGUUGGAUGGGAGGAGUAGGGAGAUGUCAACUACAGAGUUGUCAGGAGGAGCAAGGAUCCACUACAUUUUUGAAUCAAUUUUUGUGAAAAGCUUGGAGGAAGUGGAUCCUUGUGAUGGUUUCACUGACAAAGACAUCCAAACAGCCAUUGAGAAUGCCACUGGUCCUAAAGAUGCUUUAUUUGUUCCAGAUGAACCCUUCGAAGUUUUGAUCAGACGACAGAUUGCUCGGUUGUUAGAUCCCAGCCUCCAGUGCCUACGUUUUGUCUAUGAGGAACUAAUAAAGAUGAGCCGGGCUUGUGAGGCAACUGAGAUGCAGAGGUUUCCUGUUCUUAGAAGGAGUGUAGACGAAGUCAUGGGCAAGUUUUUAUGUGAUGGUGUAAAGCCUGCUGAGAGAAUGAUAGCAAACAUCGUUGAAAUGGAGAUGGAUUAUAUAAAUACCUCUCAUCCAAAUUUUCUCAGUGGAAGCAAAGCUGUGGAGCUUGCAAUGCAGCAUCUGAAAUCAACAAAGAAAGUUUUACUGCAGAUGGGAACAAAUUUUGGGGAAAGUAGAAACUAUGUGGAAAAGUCAACCAUGACAGAAAGGGGCCUGAAAUCUCGAGCAAUUCUUGCUAAGUCUGUUGCAAAUGGAUAUGUCUUAGACCAGGGAAGUCGGCCUCAAUUAAAUAAUGACAAACCUCCAUCAUCUGUAGAUGAAUUUUGUGCAAGGAAGAAACUGGUGCCACCCUUCACUUUGGGCCUAUGGGGUUGGAAGGAGGAUGAUGCUGUUAGUAGAGAUGUUAAGAGAUUCCUCUACCAAGGUAGAAAAUGUGGCGAUCUCUUAUGGGUGAGGGUAAUUCCUCUUGCUACUUAGGUGGGUCCUGGAUGCUUGGAUGGUAAGGGCAAUCCAGAUGGUGGUUCUUAUAAAUGAUGUCUACGGUGGAGGGUAUGGAGAAACAGGAAAGCCUUUUAAGAGAGAACCCAUAAAGGGAUGUAACCAACACGUACUAUGCAAGAAUCCUCAGGAAAAAGGAAAAUUUAUUUCUGGAGGAUCUCGCUGGACACGUGGCAAAACCCCAAUGGUGCUCCCUUGAUAGCCAACAUAAGGACAAACAUCCCCUUUCCUAAUAGGAAAUGUCUUCUUUUGGACUCUUCUCUUUACAGCCUUGGGAUCCUCUCUAUAAAAGGGAGAGGAGACAAACCGCAAGACACAGAAUUCUGAGAAUCAUCGACCGAAAUCCUUUGACCUCCUCUUCCCCAGAAGACUAAGCCUACCUACAACCUUAACUCAAGACCAAUCCCAUCUUCGUCUUUCAAGGAGACCAUCCCACAUUGCCUCACCACCACACUUACAAGAUUAUUUGGUAGAUCUUAGAAUCAUUUGCAUUUUCAAUGAGUUUAAGCUUUUCUUGAACUCAUUCUAUCAUGCAGUUUUGACUCUUGACGCUUAUAGGACAACUUCACAACAUAUUAUUUUGUCUACAAUCUUAGUUUCUGAGCUUCGUUUAAUGAUUUAGAACAAUAUAAUAAUUUAAAAAGGUGUGUCUACGCUUCUUUUAUCAUUUUGUAAAAUUCAAUUCUAUAGUUUUGCAUAUUUCACAAUGUUUCCACCAUUGUCUGUAAUUUUUAAAAUAUUUUCAACACUAACAUGUUUCCUAUAUUUGGAUGAUUUACAUUUCCACUGACACUGACAUUUUAAACCCUGUGAAAGACACAAUAAGAAGGAUAAAAGGUGACCAAUCAAUUAAGAGAUUUAGUCAGUUUACUCGCAGGGAAAAAACUAAAGGGGAAUUUGGGUACAUAUAACAUGGAAGAUAAAAGUGACAUUAGAAUCAAGAGACACAUUACCAGUACCAGUGAUAAAGUAGUACCAUCAGCCAAGGUGACAUUCUAUGGCGUAUGAGAAGGAGACAAGGACAUAAAUAAAUCUGAAGAUCCAAUCAUAUGGUUUGAAGCUCCAGAUUCUAUUAUCCAAGGUGUAGAUUUAGAAAAAGAAACUAGACCAUCUAUACCAGACUUAGCAAGGGUGGCAAGUAGUACUGGAAGAAGAAGAAGAAAGACGAAGCUUUUCAUACUCCUCACAUGUGAUAAUUACCAACUGCAACACCAACUGCAACCUGAUUAUCCCAAGUGGUUGGUGGCCAUACAAGUCAUGACAGAAACUAACAAUAUGUCCUUCAUGGCCACAUUGGUUGCAUUCACACACCUGCCCAUGGCCACCACCACUUCUGCUACCAUCCCUAGCACUUCAUCUCUCCCACCACCAUGAUCAGAGCCUCUUCCACAUAUUCCUCUACCAGCACAACCUCCUCUAGCAACAGCCACAAAAUCUGGGUUUAUUAGCAACCUAGAUUUGUUCUCGCUACUAGAAAGAGCCAUAAGAAACAAAUUUUCUAGUCGUUGCACACUCUCACAGACUGGUUUUCUUCUCACAAUACCAAACACACUUAUGAUAUUUCAGCAAUCUACCUCCCAAACUCCAUAUGAAUGCACAAAA